UUGGUUGUUCGUUCAUUCAAACGAAGCGAAGGCACCGUCGGUCCAGCCUUAUUGUCUUCGAGUGAAAAAGGACAUUUUUAUCUGUGAAACGGAGUGUUGUGUCCCGAUGACAGCCUAGGAACCGCGCCACCCCCGCGAAAGGAAAUAAAUGGCCGAGGUGUCGGUGGCAGAAGUGCUGGAGCUGCGGGCGAGCGCCGCGCUGGCCGAGCCCGAGGUGUGGAACUUGUUGCGGGGCCUCCUACUCGCUCACGCUCAAGGCGUGCCUUCCAGUAUCUCUGCCCGAGACUUUUUGAUCAACGGGCAAGGCCAGAUGCGAGUCUGGAACCCGACGGCUUGCAGAUCGUAUCCAACCGACAGGCAGUGGGUCUGCCAGCUGGGCCGGGUGAUGCGCUGCCUCUCGCCGGCGACGGCCUCCAACCGCCUGAAACGCCUGCUCGACGCCAUGACCAACGAACAACCGCAGAACCGACCCUCGCUCGCCGGAAUAUGCAAGGAGCUGCAGGACUACAGCGGCCACGACGCCGACAACCUCGCCAGACAACUCUACGCCGAGGUCAUGGGACCCUCACCACCGGAGCCGAUGGCAGAAAAUAAGCCAAUCAUCUCGUCGACGCCGCUGAUGCUGGAUCCUAAGAAGUACUCGGAGGAGAAGCAGGUGGUGUCUUCGACGCCGAUGGCCGAUACGAAGGAGCAGCCGCCUGCGCCGUUGGUAAUGCUGUUUGACGAUAUCGGCGCUUGCACUCCGAUCGCGGUGGCGGCGGCGGCGGCGAAGAGGCCGGCGCGCCUCGUGCGCUCGCUCUCAAGUCCAAGCAGCCCUUCCGAAGGCGCCCGUCGGUCAAAGCCAGUGGAGCGAGCGCCUUCGCGGCUGUACCGGCUGCGUCCUCCGAGCAUCGGGCGGUCGGCGUGCGUGGGGCCCGAGUUCGUCGUACGCAGCAGCUUGCCCGGCAAGGAAAUCCUGCUGCCCAACGACCAAAAGCGCGUCGGCAAAAGACAGCUCACGGUGGUGCUGCUCAACGGCCAGCGGCUCAACGUGCUCUGCGCACCAUCUACCGUCACCGCCGCCAAUGUCCUUCAGGUUGUUCUCGAGGAGGAGGGUCUAAAGCACAGUUUCAUGCUGGGCCUGGCACAGCGGUCGGGCGACGACCUGAUCUUCCUGCCGCCGUCGCUGCCCCUGGCGAAGGUGGCGCCCAAGAGCUGGCUGUCGUGCCUUCUCAAGGGUCACGAGAUGCCGUUCACGCUGUUCGUCAGGGUGCAGCUCUUUCCGCCGACCCUGAGGGGCGUGCGCUGGGAGUCGAAGCACCUGCUCUACCUUGAGCUGCGCCGCGCCCUGGUCGAAGGACGCCUCAGGUGCUCCGGUGCCCAGCAGGAAAUGCUCGCUGGACUCGCCCUGCAGGCCGAGUUUGGAAACUUUUCUCAAGCUCCGAGUGAGGAGCCGUACUUCCUUCUAAUGCACUACGUGUGCGAGGAGGUGCUGCACGUGGCGAGCGUGUUGGAGACGAAGGCCUUGCGGCAGCGGGUGGAGGAGCAGCACCAGUCCCGCAGCGGCCUCGACCCCGGCAGGGCGGAGGAGCUGUUCGUGAGCGAGUGCCAGGCGCUGAGGGACUACGGCACGCACCUCUUCCGCGCCUCGCAGCUCAUGCGGCUCGGCCCCAAGGUGGCGGUGCGGCUCGGCGUCCGGCUCAACGGAAUCGUCGUCCGCUCCGGCGACUCGGACGCAGAGGCCUGCCACAUGGCCUGGAACGCCAUCACCAAGCUCAAGGUCACCAAGGAGCACCUCGUCGUCUUUGCUGCCGACGGGAAGUUCAAGUUUCAUUUUGCUGACAAACAGAGUCACUUUGUGUUCCACUUGGCGUCGCUGCACCACCAGUUUUCGCUGCGGCUGAAAAAUCCGGCGCACAACUCAGACUCCCUCUCAAGAGCUCUGGGAGUGACGGUGGUGCAAAGCUACGAAAAAUACGAGCCUUCAGAGGGUGGCAGUGAGAGCGGUGGUUUGCGGCGCUCAGCGGUGUCGCGCCACAACUCUGAGGUGGCCAAACAGAACAAGGAAAACCAGGAACAGGCGCGGCGGCCGCUUGGCGUCCGCAUGGGCACCAGGGCCGUCUUUGAGAGUAAGGAGAGUCUCGUCCCAACGACGCCGGAGAACGCCAUUCCUGAUGCCUACAUAAUUAAUUCGAGUGUGAAGAGCGAGGAGGAAUUGAAGGACGUGUCGUUGACGGAGGAGCGGAUUCUUCGCUCGGUGACGUUGAAAAAGGACGAGAGCGGCAGCCUCGGCAUCCAGGUCACAGAAGGCUCCGACGGCGCCGUCUACAUCAGGGCCGUCACCCCUGGUGGCCCUGCCGACCUCCAGGGUAUCAUAAAAAGAGGUGACCAAGUGAUGGCGGUCGGGGGCGAGUCGUUGUGCGACGUAUCGUACGGGGAGGCGCUGCGUCGGCUGCAGUCGCGCUGCUCGGCGUCCGAGGGGGGCAACGUGGAGCUGGUGGUGUCGCAGGUGUACGCGGAGGGGGCGAGCGUGGUGGCGGCGCAGGUGACGGCCCGCUACCGCAAGCAGCGCGCCUCCCUCUUCCCGCUCAGCACCAACAAGCUGGACAUCGUGUCGGCGCUGCAGAAGCCCGUCGAGGACCACUACCUCGCGCAAAUCCGCUACCACACGCACCACGAGACCAACGACCUCCUCUCCACCAAGCAACUGCCCCGAAAAAACAGCUCCUGAGGCGAUUCCUACUUCAGCCUGAGAUCUCUCCCCUCCGUCCAGUGGAAAUUUUAGUAAAAAAAUGAUCUUUAAGAGCCAAAAAUAUUAAGAUUAAAUUAAAUAAAUUAAAGAUGUACGUGUUUGAACUGACGAGGGUUUAUUCUUGAAAUGUUUGUAGUGUUAAUCUUCUUUAAUUUUACUCAUAGUUCUUUUUUUUUGAAACGGUGAAAAUCGUAUCGAUUUUUGAUCUCCAUGACUUUCUGACUCAUUUUCACCCUGAAAUAUGUUAUAUUCAAAUACAUUUUUAAAAAUUCUAUCAUAAAAUAUGCUUCCAAAUGUUAUCCUUAAAAGAUUUAUAGAAUUCAUAACAUUCUCUGCUGACAAUAAACAUCGCCAUAUUUAAAAAAUAUAUUUA